CCAUGAAUGAUGAGUUGAGUUAGACAGAAUGUCAAUAAGUUGAGAUAAGGAGGUCCGGCACAGGGAUCCCUGAAAUUUAGUGAUGCGGGCGAAAGCGAUUAUACCAAGUUCAAUCCGCAGAUUUAGCUCAGUCCCCACAAUGUUCUCUCUUAUAAUUUAUAUUUCUCCUGUCCGUCGGUUUGGAUUCGAACAACGAUUAGAGAGCACGUUAUACGUGUACUUAGUGACUUCCAGUCUACUGGGUAGUACAAGGCAGUACGUCUACCAGCGUCUACCAUGCGGCCAUCAAGCUUAUCCAGGUGCUCCACCCCGGCAGUGCAUAUGUACAUAUAAACAGCAAGAGCAGCCCUCCGUUCAGUGUUCAUCUCCUCGUUCACUCGUCUCCGACGUCAUAUCGUUUGGCUCUUCACCCUUCACCAAUCCACAAAACAUCUAUUCGAUGCGUCUCAUCGUUACCACGUAUAUAGCUCUUCUAGGGCUUUUCGCUGCAGUUGCUGUACAUGCUGCUCCUUUCAAAGCCUAUGACAACAAUUUGGUGAACGUUCGACGCUCUGGAGAGAUUAUAACCCUCUUGGAGUCUCGAGCUGAGCAGAGUCCGGGGGCUCCGGCUCAGAUUCAGCAGUCUCCAGAUGAUCACUCCAAGCUCGAAGAGCCCAAGACAAAGGGGGGCAGCAGCAAGAAGGUGCAAUGGCAUCCUGAUGUAAAAGAACCAACAGAAUCCAAGUACGGCAGCAAAAAGAUAAUAAUUACAUUUACUGGGGAAGCAGCUGGGUUUGAUCCCAAAGGGAAGCCUCUCGCGUCGUCGAGUGCGAAUGCUGCAAAGGCUGUGCACGAGCCUCAAGCUGUCGGUGUGCCUCCGCAAAUUAGAACUCGAUUGAAUGAAUGGGCGGAAGAUCAUUUGAUGAGAAAGGUGCCGAUUGUGUACAACGGCAAGUACAUGUUGGGGGACACCGAUGCAGGGUUUUCGUUCACGUAUAGGUUUUCGGGAGAUGUUCAGAAAACCGAGUAUCCUGCUAGUCUUCCCCCUGUCUCCCACUCGCCCCCCGCAGCCGCAGCCGCAGCCGAAGACUCCGACUCCUCCUUUGACUACCACCGCAAACAAUUCUCUUCCGAUUCCGAUUGAUUGGCGAAUGUGCAUUUCAUGUCCCCGAGUGCCAUUCUGACCACCACCACUAUGUAUCGACUUGCGGAUGUAACCCUAUGUAACCGGAAACCUUUAAAUCCAAGUUGUGCCGCGAUGGUCGAAUUGUUCCUGUGGAAAGGAAGAAUAUUCAUCUCUGUGUAUACUGGGAAUGUCAAUGUACGCUCGCCUGAUGGUGUAACCGUUUAACAAAAGUCGCUUUGGCUUGCAGCGGGAAACUGGACGCAUUGUUGAGAACCGCAAAAGACUCCCCUAUAUCAAUGGGCUAGCCUGACAAUUGGGAAUAGGAAAUCGGAAUGUCAGAGACCAAGGCAAUGGCAAUAACAUCAAGGGAGCC